AUGUCGACCUUCGAGCCGGUGAUUGUCAUUGACGGCAAGGGCCAUCUGCUCGGCCGUCUGGCCUCGACAGUGGCCAAGCAGCUCCUGAACGGCCAGAAGAUUGUCGUCGUCCGCUGCGAGGCCCUCAACAUCUCUGGGGAGUUCUUCCGCGCCAAGCUGAAGUACCAGGCCUUCCUCCGCAAGCAGACCCGUUACAACGCGACCCGUGGUGGCCCAUGGCACUACCGAGCCCCCGCCAAGAUGUUCUGGCGCACCGUCCGCGGCAUGAUUCCUCACAAGACUGAGCGCGGCGCAAAGGCCCUCGAGCGCCUCAAGACCUUCGAGGGUGUCCCACCACCAUACGACCAGAAGAAGCGCAUGGUCGUCCCACAAGCUCUCCGUGUCCUGCGCCUCAAGCCAGGCCGCAAGUACUGCACCGUUGGACGUCUGGGUCACGAGUUCGGCUGGAAGUACCAGGACGUCGUUGCACGUCUCGAGGAGAGACGGAAGGUCAAGGGCCAGGCAUACUACGAGAAGAAGAAGGCGGCACGCAAGAACUUGGCCGAGGCGAAGCAGAACGCUGCCAUUCCCGACAAGGUGAAGCAGCAGCUGGAGCAGUACGGAUACUAG